UCAGCCGGUCCGUGGGGUCGGUGGGGCUUGGGGCCUGUGUCUCCGGUAGCAAGUGGGAGCGCUCGGGCUCGGACCAACGCAGCCAUGCCUCUGCGACUUGAUAUUAAAAGAAAACUAACUGCUAGAUCAGAUCGAGUUAAGAGUGUGGAUUUGCAUCCUACGGAGCCAUGGAUGUUGGCAAGUCUUUACAAUGGCAGUGUGUGUGUCUGGAAUCAUGAAACACAGACACUGGUGAAGACAUUUGAAGUGUGUGAUCUUCCUGUUCGAGCUGCAAAGUUUGUCGCAAGAAAGAACUGGGUUGUGACAGGAGCGGAUGACAUGCAGAUUAGAGUAUUCAAUUACAAUACUCUGGAGAGAGUCCAUAUGUUUGAAGCACACUCAGACUACAUUCGCUGUAUUGCUGUUCAUCCAACCCAGCCUUUCAUUCUAACCAGCAGUGAUGAUAUGCUCAUUAAGCUCUGGGACUGGGAUAAAAAAUGGUCUUGCUCACAAGUGUUUGAAGGACACACUCAUUAUGUUAUGCAGAUUGUGAUCAACCCCAAAGAUAAUAAUCAGUUUGCCAGUGCAUCCUUGGACAGGACCAUCAAGGUGUGGCAGUUGGGCUCUUCUUCACCAAACUUCACUCUGGAAGGACACGAGAAAGGUGUGAAUUGCAUCGAUUACUACAGUGGUGGCGACAAACCAUACCUCAUUUCAGGUGCAGAUGACCGUCUCGUUAAAAUAUGGGAUUACCAGAAUAAAACAUGUGUGCAGACACUGGAAGGACAUGCCCAAAAUGUGUCUUGUGCUAGUUUUCAUCCUGAGUUGCCAAUUAUCAUCACAGGUUCAGAAGAUGGAACAGUGCGUAUUUGGCAUUCAAGCACCUACCGGCUUGAGAGCACAUUGAACUAUGGAAUGGAAAGGGUAUGGUGUGUGGCCAGUCUAAGAGGGUCCAACAAUGUCGCUUUGGGCUAUGAUGAAGGGAGCAUCAUUGUUAAGCUUGGUCGGGAGGAACCUGCCAUGUCCAUGGAUGCCAAUGGAAAGAUAAUUUGGGCCAAGCAUUCAGAAGUCCAACAGGCCAACCUAAAAGCAAUGGGAUUUGGUCCUCUGUUUUCCUUCUUGGCUUUUGUAAUUUCUAGGUUUGUUGUGGUGUGUGGUGAUGGGGAGUAUAUAAUCUACACAGCAAUGGCAUUGAGAAACAAGAGCUUUGGGUCUGCUCAGGAGUUUGCAUGGGCCCACGACUCUUCAGAAUAUGCCAUCAGAGAGAGCAACAGCGUUGUAAAGAUAUUUAAGAAUUUUAAGGAAAAAAAAUCAUUUAAACCAGAUUUUGGAGCUGAAAGUAUCUAUGGAGGCUUCUUAUUGGGAGUCAGAUCUGUAAAUGGCUUAGCCUUCUAUGACUGGGACAAUACAGAACUCAUACGCAGAAUUGAAAUCCAGCCCAAACAUAUUUUCUGGUCUGACUCCGGAGAGUUAGUCUGUAUUGCCACCGAGGAAUCAUUUUUUAUCCUUAAGUAUCUGUCGGAAAAAGUCUUGGCUGCACAGGAAACACAUGAGGGAGUUACUGAAGAUGGCAUUGAAGAUGCCUUUGAGGUUCUCGGUGAGAUUCAGGAGAUUGUGAAAACAGGGCUGUGGGUAGGCGAUUGCUUCAUUUACACGAGUUCUGUGAACAGAUUAAAUUAUUAUGUUGGAGGAGAAAUAGUCACCAUUGCCCACUUGGACAGGACAAUGUAUCUCCUGGGCUAUAUUCCGAAAGACAACAGGCUUUAUCUUGGGGAUAAAGAAUUGAACAUUGUUAGCUACUCCUUGCUGGUUUCAGUCCUGGAAUACCAGACGGCUGUUAUGCGGAGGGACUUUAGUAUGGCUGAUAAGGUCCUUCCUACCAUUCCAAAAGAACAGAGGACCAGAGUUGCACACUUUUUGGAAAAGCAAGGGUUCAAGCAGCAAGCUCUUACAGUAUCCACAGAUCCUGAACAUCGUUUUGAACUCGCUCUUCAGCUUGGAGAGUUAACAAUUGCAUACCAAUUAGCAGUGGAGGCGGAGUCAGAACAGAAGUGGAAACAACUAGCUGAACUUGCCAUUAGUAAAUGUCAGUUUGGCCUAGCCCAGGAGUGCCUGCACCAUGCACAGGAUUAUGGGGGUCUGCUGCUUUUGGCCACUGCCUCUGGAAAUGCUACUAUGGUGAACAAGCUAGCAGAGGGUGCAGAGAGAGAUGGCAAAAAUAACGUGGCAUUCAUGAGCUACUUUUUACAGGGCAAGCUUGAUGCUUGCCUGGAGCUCUUGAUUAGAACUGGACGGCUGCCAGAAGCUGCCUUCCUGGCCCGAACUUACUUACCCAGUCAGGUUUCAAGGGUAGUGAAACUCUGGAGAGAAAAUCUCUCAAAAGUCAAUCAGAAAGCAGCAGAAUCCCUUGCUGACCCAACAGAGUAUGAAAACCUUUUCCCUGGAUUAAAAGAAGCCUUUGUGGUUGAAGAAUGGGUGAAGGAAACACAUGCUGAUCUGUGGCCAGCCAAACAAUAUCCACUUGUCACGCCAAAUGAAGAGAGAAAUGUUAUGGAAGAGGCAAAAGGCUUUCAGCCCUCCAGAUCUAUAGCUCAACAGGAACUUGAUGAGAAACUUCCUUCUUCUACUCCAGUUAUUGUGGCCUCCCACACAGCCAACAAAGAAGAAAAGAGUUUACUUGAACUAGAAGUAGAUUUGGAUAAUUUGGAAUUAGAAGAUAUUGACACAACAGAUAUCAAUCUGGAUGAAGAUAUUUUGGAUGACUGAACAUAAUGUUUUCCAUUUACUUAACAGAUCAUUAUUAUGUGUAGGUAUUGAUCACCCUGACCACAGUGCUUUGGACUAUGAGAAAUGCCUAAAAUUUUUAUAUGUAAGUGCUGUGGACAAUGGGAACACAGUGCCCUCCUAUCUUAAGAGUCUAUGUGCAGCAUUUAAAUCACUAUGUUCUCCUUGGUAACUAAUUUUUUUCAUAUUACCAUUAGACCAUAUUGCAUAAAGCCUUUUGAAUAAAUGAA